GCUCCGGUCCCGGCGGCAGAAAUAGGGCAGCCGCGGCGGCGGCGAUGCCACAGCAGCGGGCAGCGGCAGCUCGGAGGGCUGGAGCCGCGACAGCUUCCAGAGCGCCCAGGACCCGCCGACAGCCGGAGGGACCGACCGAAGGACGCGGGGCCGGGUCUCCCCCUCUCGCCCGCCGAGUCCGGCCACCUGGUCUUCCUCUCGGCCCCGGCCGCCGCAGACUCCACAAAAUGAAACCAGGACGCUUUUGGCUGCAUCUCACACUGCUUGGAGCCUCCCUGCCUGCUGCUUUGGGAUGGAUGAGCCCAGGAACCAGCAGAGGACUGAACACGGGUGGGGGAGAGUCCCCGGCAGAGGAAUCCAGAAGCUUUGAAGUCACAAGAAGAGCAGGACUUUCCGGCCACAUCGGGCUGCCGGCCUCCUGCGGAAAGAUGUUCUGCAGCCGUGGGAGCAGGUGCACGCUCAGCAGGGAGACGGGGGAGCCUGAGUGCCGGUGCCUGGAGGCCUGCAGGCCCAGCUACGUGCCCGUGUGCGGCUCCGAUGGGAGGGUGUAUGAAAACCACUGCGAGCUCCACCGUGCUGCCUGCCUGCUGGGGAAGAAGAUCGCCGUCUCCCACAGCAAGGACUGCUUCCUUAAAGGUGACCCGUGCACCAUGGCUGACUAUGCCCGCCUGAAGAAGGUCCUUCUGGCCCUGCAGACCCGCCUGCAGCCACCCCACGAAGGGGACAGCCGGCCGGACCCUGCCUCCCAGAAGCGCCUCCUGGUGGAAUCUCUGUUUAAGGACUUGGAUGCAGACGGGGACGGCCACCUCAGCAGCUCUGAACUGGCCCAGCACGUGCUGAAGGAGCAGGACUUGCAGGAGGACUUCCUGGGGUGCUCGCCGGGCGACCUCCUCCGCUUUGAUGACUACAACAAAGACGGCGUCCUCACCCUCCGCGAGCUCUGCACAGCCUUCCAGGUGGUUCAGCUCAGCCUCGCCCCCGAGGAGAGGGUCAGCGUGGCCACAGUGACCGUGGGGCUGAGCACGGUGCUGACCUGCGCCAUCCGCGGAGACCUGCGGCCACCCAUCAUCUGGAAGCGCAAUGGGCUGGCCCUGAACUUCCUCGAUUUGGAAGACAUCAAUGACUUUGGAGAGGACGACUCCCUCUAUAUCACCAAAGUGACCACCAUCCACAUGGGCAAUUACACCUGCCACGCCUCCGGCUACGAGCAGCUGUUCCAGACCCACGUCCUGCAGGUGAAUGUGCCACCUGUCAUCCGCGUCUAUCCAGAGACCCAGGCACAGGAACCUGGGGUGGCAGCCAGCCUGAGAUGUCACGCAGAGGGCAUCCCUAUGCCCAGAAUCACUUGGCUAAAAAAUGGCAUGGAUGUCUCAACCCAGAUGUCAAAACAGCUCUCCCUUUUAGCCAAUGGGAGUGAACUCCACAUCGGCAGUGUCCGGUAUGAAGACACGGGGGCGUACACCUGCAUUGCCAAAAACGAAGUGGGCGUGGAUGAAGAUAUCUCUUCCCUCUUCAUUGAAGACUCGGCUAGAAAGACCCUUGCAAACAUUCUAUGGCGAGAAGAAGGCCUCGGUGUGGGAAACCUGUUCUACGUCUUCUCUGACGACGGCAUAAUCAUCCUGCACCCAGUGGACUGUGAGAUCCAGAGGCACCUCAAACCCACAGAGAAGAUCUUCAUGAGCUACGAAGAGAUCUGUCCUCAAGGGGAGGAAGGCGCCCCCCAGCCCUGCCAGUGGGCAUCAGCAGUGAACGUCAGGCACCGCUACAUCUAUGUGGCCCAGCCGGCGCUGAGCAGGGUCCUCGUGGUCGACGUGCAAGCCCAGAAAGUCCUCCAGUCCAUAGGUGUCGACCCUCUGCCGGCUAAGCUGUCCUAUGACAAGUCACAUGACCAAGUGUGGGUCCUGAGCUGGGGGAAUAUGCACAAGUCCCAACCAAGCCUCCAGGUGAUCACAGAAGCCAGCACCGGCCAGGGCCAGCACCUCAUCCGCACGCCGUUUGCAGGAAUGGACGAUUUCUUCAUUCCCCCCACAAACCUCAUCAUCAACCACAUCAGAUUCGGCUUCAUCUUCAACAAAUCUGACCCUGCAGUGCACAAAGUCGACCUGGAAACGCUGAUGCUGCUCAAGACCAUCGGGCUGCAGAGGCACGGCUGCCUGCCGCAGGCCAUGGCCCACAGCCACCUGGGCGGCUACUUCUUCAUCCAGUGCCGGCAGGACAGCCCCUCGGUGGCCGCCGCCCCGCAGCUGCUGAUCGACAGCGUCACGGACGCCGUGGUUGGCCCCAACGGCCACGUUACCGGCGCCCCGCACACGUCCCCCGACGGGCGCUUCGUCGUCAGCGCCGCCGCCACCAGCCCCCAGCUGCACGUGCAGGAGAUCACGCUGCGGGGGCAGAUCCAGACCCUCUAUGACCUGAAAGUGGGUCGGGGCAUCUCGGACGUGGCCUUCCAGCGCUCCUCCACCCAGGGCAACCAGUACUACGUCUACGCCUCGCUGGAGGCAGAGCCGGACCUGCUGUUCCUGGAGCUGUCCACGGGGAAGACGGGCCUGCUCAGGGGCCUGAAGGAGCCGCCCGGGCCCCGCAGGAUCGUGAGGGACAGCGGGCUGUUCGGACAGUACCUGCUCACGCCGGCCCGCGAGUCGCUGUUCCUCAUCAACGGGAGACAAAACGCGCUGCGCUGCGAGGUGGCGGCCGUCAAAGGGGGGACCACGGUGGUAUGGGUGGGCGAGGUAUGAAGCAGCCACGGAGCAUCGCCUGGUCCUGACCCCGCGGCCCCAAGCAGGCGCCCUGUACAUUUUUACAGACAAAAGCAAAAACCUCUAUCCGCUUUGUGGUUCAACACUGGUCUCCUUGCAAGUUUCGGUUUGCGCUGCUAAUGAGAUCGGGGUUUUCGUUCAGAGGGAUGAUUUCGGCCUCGAGCUUCGACGGGAACGCCCUGCCGUGGCAGAGAAGCCUUUCUGCGCCCAGCUACAAGCCACGGGACCUGGGCGGCCAAGGAACCAGCAGCUCCCGCUGUCCAGGCAGAUGGUGUGGUCAUUCUUUUCCACCGGGUCUGGCCAGACCUCACCCCGAUGGAGUGACCUGAGGCCGGGCCUGGAGACGCAGGUUCCCAGGAACAGGGCUUUUCCUCCCGGCGUGAGAGCCACAUCCGCGCUUGCUCUGGACUUCAUUUUCUCCUUCGCAGCUGCUGCUUGCUUUUCUUUCCAUUUGACUUGUUGUAAGCCCGAGGGAGAGCCGACAGGACUUACUGCAUCUUGGGAGAUGGGGAAAUCACUCACUUUAUUUUGGAAAUUUUGAUUAAAGAAUAAUUUUUUAUAAUCUGAA